UCUUCCCCCCCCUUCCCUAACCUGUCCAUUGAUCAAUGGCAUUUACGCGGGGAUGUCUACAAUCCUUCAGGUCUCGUCGCGAAUGCGACAGUGCGCCAGCUCGCUAGAAUCGUCCUUGACCCAAGCUGUUGUCGGCUCACAUGCAAAAAUACUCCGUUCCCAAGUCAUCCCAAUCACUGCCGCCAUAACGACCAAGAUCAAUGCUCGACACCUCUCCUCAAUUCAACACAAUCCCCGCUGGCGUGCCUCAGGAGUCCUGGACUCCUACGUAGCUCAGCCAGCCCGCCCCAUAUCCCUCCGCCAACUAGUCUUCUUUGGCGGGCGCAACUUGGACGAGAAGAAGAUCAUAGACUCGGCAAACUAUGUGCGCACCGAGCUCCCCCUGCGCAUAGCCCAUCGCAUCCGCGAUAUGCAGAAGCUGCCGUACGUGGUCGUCACGAAUAGGCAUUUAUCGGAGGUGUACGAGCUGUACUAUAAAGCCUUCGAGUCCUUCCGUAGGAUCCCCGAGAUUAAGAGUCUCGAGGAUAACGAGAAGUUCUGCGAAAUUGUCAAGACGGCGUUGCAAGAGCAUCUUACCGUCAUACCGAGUCUCGCUAUGGGCGUGCUGGAGUGUAAUGAUUUGGUACCGUCGCAUGAAUUGGACAGGUUUAUGAAUGUUAUUCUUCGGAGUAGAAUUUCUAGAAGAGUCAUAGCCGAACAACACCUAGCGUUAACAGACACCUUCAACUCCCCCUUCCACUUCCCCGACUCCGUGAGCAACCAGCCCCACGACUUCGUCGGCGAGGUCUUCCUCCGCUGCAACGCGCGAGAAGUCGUCGAGCAAGUCGGCAAGCACACAUUAGAACUCGCUCGGGAGGCCAACGGCUCCACCUCGCCCAUUCCCGAGAUCCAAAUCGAGGGCCGCCUGGACACGACAUUUCCAUACAUUCCCUCCCACCUGGAAUACAUAAUCGGCGAGCUCCUGCGCAACUCCAUCCAAGCCACCAUCGACCACCACAGCCAGUCUUCCACUUCCCUCCCACCCAUCAAAAUCCUAAUCUGCCAUACGAAACAACACAUAAUCUUUCGCGUCUCCGACCAAGGUGGUGGAAUACCCAUAGCUGAACUCGCUCACCUAUGGUCCUUCGCCAAGGGGCCCCGCGCAAUCAAUUACCUCCAGAACUUCUCCCAGGUACCGAAGAUGGCCGCCACGCUGCAGGAGCUGCAGAAAACGGCGCACACGCACUCCCGCAGGGAGAGCAUGGACACUUCCCUCUCUAGACUGACCUCUCGGCCACCGAACCUUAGACUGGGAAUGGGCCUGCCCAUGAGCAGGGUGUACGCCGAGUACUGGGCCGGUAGUCUGGAAUUGCACAGUCUCGACGGCUACGGCACAGACGUGUUCUUGCAGGUGUCCAAGUUAGGGAAUAAAUGUGAGCAAUUGAACUUAGAUGGGGUGUAGUAUUAUCUUGGUAGGUAGGUGGGCGCACAUACAUAUAUAUUUAUAUAUACUCCCUUGCAAGGAGGACAAGUGUAUGCCCGCCUACUUACUACAAACUACAAUUAAUAGAGGGAAAAAACUAAAAAAAAAAGAAAGAAAGAAGAAAAAAAAGAUCGGUGGAGUCAUGUAUUAUACUGCUUCGUUUGGUUAACCAUUUAUUUCUCGCAGGCGUAUUAUUCAGAGAUAGAGUUCCGGGUUGAUUGAGAUACCGUAUUUACCAGAAGGGGAGGAAGUUGAUUGGAUGUAAAUUCUUUUCAUAUUCUUCAUUUGUUUUUCCAUAAUUUCUUGUAUUUUUUAUUAUUAUUAUUUAUUUCUUUUGGUUCGUGUGUCGUCUGUGUUUGAUCCUUGUUUUUUAACGUGCUGUAUAGGUUUGUUGCGCCUUUUCAUCGUUCGUUCGCUCCUUUCUUCGUUCGGCGGUCUCGAGUUGCCACCUAUCUCGGACAUUGCAACAUUUCUGGAGUUGGGGGGGAGGGGAUGGGAAGGGGUGUUGGGUCGAUUGAGUUCCGUCGUUAUGCUAUGAGGGGCAGGUAUCUCAUUUACCUCACUAUUCUUUGUUGUGCGGCAUCAUUGCGGUGGUCCCUGUUUUCCAUUAUAUCAUAGAAAGGAUUUCUUUCUGCAUGCAUAGAUGGUCUUCUGUAAAGAUAUUCACUAAUGAUACCCACCACCCCUCCCCCCGUCGUGACUAGCGUUUUAUUCUUCUUGUUGGAUAGCAGAUGCCCGAUGUGUUCCCUUGAAUGUCAAUUACUUUUGAACUCCCCGUUAAAACGAA